AUGGCGUCCACGUCUGCCGCCUUGCCUCGUCUGGCCAUCUUCGAAGCCGUGGCUCGGCACGAUCCCGAUGCCCUCGCCGUGGUCCACUCGCUGUCUGGCCGCCGUUUCACCUACGGCCAGCUGCUUGGCGACGUGCGCCGAGCGAGGGCCCGGCUGCUCGAGGCUCGCGGCAAAAGCACUGGCGAUGACCUGGACGGCGAGAGGGUGGCCCUUCUGGUAGAGAAUAGCUACGACUACGUAGUCACUCUCCUAGCCAUUCUGGCCGCACGCUCAAUAGCCGUACCACUGUCUCCCGCCUUUCCCAUUCCCGAACUAGAGUAUGUCCUGAACCACAGCGAGGCCUCGUUGCUCGUGUCCUCGCCCAAGUUUGCCUCCAAGGCCCAGCAGGUCUUGGCUGCAGACUUAACGUCCAAGCCAUCCCACGUGGAGCUACCCAAGCAUGCCGAAAGUGCGGCUGCAACGGGCGAGAAUGUUCCCUUGGAAGACGAUGCCAACCCGGGGCAAGCUGGUCUCAUGCUCUACACGUCGGGGACGACUAACAAGCCGAAAGGCGUCUUGCUCCCCCAGUCUGUCUUAACCGCCCAGGCCCGCUCUCUCCAUGAAGCUUGGGAAUACUCUCCUGCGGAUCACCUCCUCCAUCUUCUCCCCCUCCACCACAUCCAUGGCGUCGUCAACGCCAUCCUGACGCCUCUACUCGCCGGGUCAUCCAUCGAGUUCAUGUUCCCCUUCAACGCCGAUGCCGUCUGGAAUCGCCUUGCCGCCCCGUACCUCCCCUCAUCCGAGACUACCAACGGCAAUGGCAUCACUACCAACGGUGACGCUGCCUCCAAGUCUUCUUCCAAGCCCAAAGUCACCUUCUUCACCGCGGUCCCAACCAUCUAUAGCCGUCUCCUCAAUAGCCACAAGUCCCUGCCCCCUUCCAUCCAGGAUGCCGCUCGCCAGGCCGUCUCCCCCUCCAACAUGCGCAUCAACAUCUCUGGAUCGGCCGCCCUUCCCACUCCGAUCAAAACGGCCUGGGCAUCCCUCAGCAACGGCAACGUCCUCCUGGAGCGCUAUGGUAUGACCGAAGUCGGUAUGGCGCUCUCCUGCGGCCUAUCCUUCGCUGACCGCGUCGACGCCUCCGUCGGCUGGCCCCUGCCCUCCGUCCAGGCCCGCCUCGUGGACGUCGAUACCGCAGAAGUAAUCCUUCCCGGCCAGGAACUCGACGCCCAAGGCCGCGAGCGCUCCGGCGAGAUCCAGCUCCGCGGUCCCACCAUCUUCAAGGAAUACUGGCGCAACCCAGCGGCCACCGAAAAGGAGUUUACAGCUCCCGACCCGGACGGCAACGGCGCCUGGUUCAAGACGGGCGACGUCGCCGUCCGCCGCCCCGUCUCGACCGCGGGCCUCAACUCCGCCGCCCAGCCCUGGGCCCAGGGCCCCCUGUACUUCAUCCAGGGCCGCAAGUCCGCCGACAUCAUCAAGACGGGCGGCGAAAAGGUCAGCGCCCUCGAGGUCGAGCGCGAGCUCCUCUCCCUGCCGCAGGUCGCCGAGGCCGCCGUCGUCGCCGUGCCCAGCGGCUCGUGGGGCCACAAGGUCGGCGCCGUCAUCGUCUUGGACCGCUCCGUCGCAGAGAAGUGGUCGGCCCUGGAGAUGCGCCGCGCCCUCAAGAGCCGUCUCGCAAACUACAAGAUCCCGCAAGUCAUGAAGGUGGUCGAGAGCAUCCCGCGCAACGCCAUGGGCAAGAUCAACAAAAAGCAGCUUGUCAAGGCCAUUUUUGCCGAUGAGCACAGUGGCGAUGAAGCAUGA